CCACUGCCCGGAGAGAGACAUCAGUUGGUCCUGGGUAAGAAGCAAUGGGAUUCCUCAGCAAUGCUCGGAGUUUCCGCAGCCUCAUCAUCAUCAUCCUCACUCCACUGCUACUGCUGCCUCUUCCACUACUUAUUGGCACCAAGGUGGCAGAAUGUGCAUUCAUACUGCUGGUCAUGUCUACGUUCUGGAUGACUGAAGCAUUGCCACUGGCAGUGACCGCGCUGCUCCCGGCCCUGUUCUUCCCCCUGUUCGGCAUAUUAAAAUCAACACAGGUGGCUUCUGCCUACUUUAAAGAGUUCCACCUGCUGCUCGCUGGGGUCAUUUGUUCUGCCACCUCCAUUAAGAAAUGGAACCUCCACAAGAGAAUCGCCAUGAAGCUGGUCGUCUCCGUCGGGGUCAACCCUGGGUGGUUGAUGUUGGGUUUCAUGACCAGCUCCGCCUUCCUUUCCAUGUGGCUGAACAACACAUCCACCACCGCCAUGCUGAUGCCCAUCGUGGAGGUGGUCCUCCAGCAGAUAAUGAACGUUGAGAACGAGGUCACCGUGCAGCGGAAAAGGGCGUCGACCGGCUGCUCCAACGGCGCUCUUCAGUUGGACGAGCUUGAAGAGAAAAAUGAGAAGAUUAACAUUGAAGAAGUCAUGAGGUGUAAUGGAGUGGGACCAAAAGCCGUCGUAUUUGCUAUUCCUGAAGGACGUCCCCCGCAUUCUGAAGCACAUAUGGAACGCGGCGAAUGUUACGUACAACCAAUCAGUGUCCUGUAUAACAUCCCUGAGGAGACUCCAGGAAACACCCAGGUGCCUAUUCCAGAACCAGUGGGCCGGUACCGCAGUGUCAAAGAUCACAUGAUGUGCAAGGGACUGUCUCUCUGCAUUGCUUACUCCACCACCAUAGGGGGACUGACCACUCUCACUGGAACCUCCACCAACCUCAUAUUCAAUGAGCAAAUGAACGAGUUUUACCCAGAAUGCAACUGCAUAAAUUUUGGGAACUGGUUCCUGCUGUGCCUGCCAAUAACUGUCAUUAUCCUUCUGUUGUCCUGGGUGUGGCUGCACUGGAUGUUCCUGGGCAACCUGAAGUCCCUGCUGAGUUACAGGAAAGAGAAGUCAGAGAGAGAGAAGGCCACGCAGAGAGUCAUAGAGCAGGAAUACAACGCUCUUGGGCCCAUGAGCACCCAGGAAAAGGUCACUCUGACCAUCCUUGCGCUGAUGGUGCUGCUGUGGUUGGUCAGAAAUCCUGGGUUCAUGCCUGGAUGGGCAGCCCUCUUCCCACAGUACAGUGGCUAUGCUACUGAUGCUACUGUUGCUCUGCUGUUGGGACUGAUGUUCUUCAUAAUCCCUGCAAACAAUUCCCCCAGCCCUCAAACUGAGACCCUGGUCACCUGGAAGGAAUUCCAGUCCUGCAUGCCGUGGGAGAUCUGCCUUCUUGUCGGUGGGGGUUUCGCCCUGGCUGAGGGCAUCAAGGUGUCGGGGCUCUCCAUCUGGCUGGCGGACCUGCUGAUCCCCCUGGGAAGGCUCCCCAUCUGGCUCAUCACUGCCAUCACCUGUGGAAUCGUCAGCACCUUCACAGAGGUGGCCAGCAAUCCUGCCACCAUCACCAUCUUUGCACCCAUCCUGGCCCCUAUGGCCGAGGUCAUCCGGGUGAACCCUCUCUUAAUCCUGAUACCCACGACUCUCUGCACUUCCUUCGCUUUCCUCCUUCCCGUCUCUAACCCUCCAAACGCCAUCGUCUUCACCUACGGGCACGUAAAUAUAAUUGACAUGGUGAAGGCGGGACUUGGUUUGAAAAUCAUUGGACUCACUGUGGUCCUACUGGGCGUAGCCUCAUGGGGCGUUCCGCUGUUUGGUCUGAACACUUACCCUGACUGGGCCCCCAUCCACGCGACUACAAACACCACUGGCUUGUGACCUCAGAUUCCACGACUGGAAUUGUUCAGUUUGCCGUUCCAUCUUGAUGACAUCACAAAGACUCUAAUGUUAUCUGGACAGGGAAAGCAGAGUCACAAAUAGAGGGAGAACGACAACUUGCUCCUCCCUUCUGAUGUUGCACAGAGAAAGUAUCAUCCUGCACUAUUACUGUGAGUCAUCAGAGGGCCCAGACAAUGAGUCUGCCCUUUUCUGCUGGGAGAUUGGAGGUCGGUGGAGUUUGGAGCUUUGAAAGAGGCUGUAACACCACGGACCCAAUGAAGAACAGAGAAUAGUAGCAAUUACCAACACCCAUAACCUGUAAUAAUUAGCAUAUUGGGCACUCAGUGGUUUUAAUUUCCACAGACUAAAUGGUGCCAAGUAGCCUAUGUGAAAUUAAAAAUGUCUUGUGCAAGAUUGUUUUGUUUUUUUGUUGUUUGUUGGAACUAUAUGUGGGGCGGAAGCUCAAAGUGUGCAGCUAUGGAUAAUAAAAUGAAUUUAAACAUGA